AUGUCAUCUCCAGAAGGCUUGUCGUCCUCUGUUUUGGACCCCUUUACUGAUUAUGUGUUUGCAUCUGUAUGUGAGGACAGGCAUACAUCUUACAGUUCUUGUUGUCAACAGAAUUACAAUCAACUAAAUAAUAAUAAAAAUAAUAAUAAUAAGUGUUUGCAGACUCAGUGCAAUCAUAGUUUGCAAUUUAAUAGUGAAUAUCACUUAGAGUCAGAUCCAAGACUCAGUAAUUUUCAAUCCGAAGAUUUGUCAGCUAAUAAUGCGGAUGAAUGCAAACUAUAUGAUAACGAAGUAGAGUCGUGUAGUAGUGGUACUACUAAUGACAUAUCAUCGCGUGGUUACUACUUCUUACAACAUAAUUCCAACAUUCGUGAAAGGAAAAGGAUGCUCAGCAUUAACAGCGCUUUCGAGGAACUAAGGAUUCAUGUGCCUACCUUUCCCUUUGAAAAACGGCUAUCAAAAAUUGACACUUUAAGACUAGCUAUUGCAUACAUAGCACUAUUGAAAGAGAUAUUGGCAUCAGAUUACGAUCCCAUCACUUAUAUUGAGAAAUGUCUUAAAGGAGAGAUCAAAGGAGAGCACACACAUGAGUGGAAUACUAGUGAUUUAACGGCAAGACUUUCGUGGAUUAAUUGGGAAAAUCUGGGCGUAAACCCUAACAGAAGGAAUAUAGGAUCACUUUCUCCAUUUACAAGAGCUUCAAAUAUGCCACACAAUGAUAUGACUCCACACUAUCAGCUCAAUGAUCGCAAUAUAAGACAUUGA